AGAGCCAUUUUGGCUUUGUAGAACAGCUGUAGUUGGUCAUUGUGAAUCCAUUUGGAUCUGAUGAAGGCUAAGCCUGAGAACGAGGCAGACGAAGAUUCCAAGGACGAGGAUGUUGAAGAACAGCCAGCUGAAGAGAAGGCAGAGGAGGUCCCUAAGGAGGAUGUGCCAAAGGAAGAAGCGCCAAAAGCCCGGCUGAUGAUCCGACAGAUUGUCCUGGAAAACUUCAAGUCCUAUGGUGGAGUGAAGGUCAUUGGCCCCUUUCACAAGAGCUUUUCAUCCAUUGUGGGACCCAACGGCAGUGGCAAGUCCAACACCAUUGAUGCCCUGCUCUUCGUCUUCGGGAAGCGUGCCAAGAAGAUGAGACUCAACAAGGUCAGCGAGCUGAUUCACUCCUCCAACGCGAUGCCAAACCUCAAUAGUGCCAAGGUGGAGGUGACCUUCCAAGACAUCGUCGAUACAGGGGAUGGGCCGGAAGACUACGAGGUGGUCAAGGGGUCAGUUCUGACCGUCACGCGCGAGGCGUUUCGCAACAAUCAGUCCAAGUACUAUGUGGAUGGGAAGACCAGCAACUUCACUGAGGUGGUCGCCUUGUUGCGGAAGCGCGGAGUGGACUUGGACCACAAUCGCUUCUUGAUCCUCCAAGGUGAGGUGGAGCAAAUCUCCUUGAUGAAGCCAAAGGCUCAGUCGGUGCACGAAGAUGGGCUACUGGAGUAUUUGGAGGACAUCAUUGGCUCGAAUCGCCUUUUGGAACCGAUCGAGCAGGCGGACGGUAUUGUGGAGAAGUUGACCGAGCAGCGGCAAGAGAAGUUGAAUCGCUUGCGCGUGGCGGAGCGGGAGAAGGAGGCGUUGGAUGGACCCCGGAAGGAGGCGGAGGCCUGGGUCACCGGCGAGGCCGAGCGCUUGGAGCUCCAGUCCUUACUGGCGCAGACGCAAGUCCGCCAGAGCCAAGCGAACCUGGGUUCACUGGAGGACGAACACAAGGUCUUGCAAGGUCACAUGAAAGAGCACAAGAAGAAGAUGGAAGGCUUCGAGAAGGAGGUGAAAAGCAUCGAAGCUGAGCACAACAACCACUUGAAGGACUACAACAGCAUCAAAGGAAAGAUGGAGAAGAAAGCGGAAGAGUUCAAGGAAUUUGAGCGCCAGGAUGUGAAAUACACCGAGGACAUCGCUUUUCAAGAGCAGAAGAUCCAGAAGCUGGUACAGGCCUCAGAAGAGGAACAGGAACGUGCCAAGCAGUUGGUGAAGGACGCGGAGAAGCUGCGGGCAGAUGCUCCCAUUCGCGAGCAGGAGCUGGAGAGCACUGAGAAGUUCCGCGCCAGCCAGGCCGCCAAGCUGGAGAAACUCUACGAGGGCCUGAAGGGCAAGGCAGAGAAGCUGCGUCCGGCAAAGGAAGCCAAAGAGAAGGAGCUCGUGCCACUUCAGAAGAAGCUCACCGAGGUGAAGCAGGUGGUGGAGCUCGCUCAAGCGGAGGCCGGCUUCCUUCGGAAGAAGCAGGUGGAGGCCACGGAGCAGAUCGGACAGCUGAAGAAGGAGAGCAACGACUGCCGAGAGCAGCUCAGCAAGCGCGAGCAGGAGUCCAAAGAUGCAGCGAAGAUGCUCAAGGAGCGCCGGAAGUUGGUGGCAGAUGCCAAGGAACGCGUCUCGCAGGUGACCUCGCAGAUGGAGCAGGUCACCAAGGAGGUGGCUCAGGCGCGCAGCAAGGCGGAGGAGGCCAAAAGCGAGUUCGAACAGGAGCACUUCCGCGGGCGGCUCAUUACCGCGGUGAACGCCGAGGCGAAGGCUGGACGGCUCAGCGGCGUGUAUGGACGCCUGGGCGACCUUGGGAGCAUCAACAAGAAAUAUGAUGUGGCCGUUUCCACGGCCUGCGGCAUGUUGGACGCCAUCGUGGUGGAAAGCACCGAGGAUGCCCAGGCGGUGAUCGAGUUCAUCCGACGCCAGGAUUUGGGCCGAACCACCUGCAUUUGCAUGCAGAAGAUCCAGGAUAGAGCAAAGCAUAUGAACUCUUUCAAUGGCGCACCUGAGAACGCGCCCAGGCUGGUGGACUUAAUCCAACCGGAGAAGCCCCAGUACCGUGCUGCCUUCUUCUUCGCACUGGGAAACACGUUGGUGGCCAAGGACCUGGAACAGGCCACGCGCAUUGGCCUUCAGGGGCGCACGCGCCAUCGUGUGGUCACGCUUCAGGGUGGCUUGAUCGACACCAGCGGCACGAUGUCGGGCGGCGGAGGGAAGGUGGCCAGCGGCGGCAUGAGGGCCUCCGUGUCACGCUAUUCCCAAGACGAAGUGAAGGGCUUCGUCCAGGCAUAUGAAGAGGCCAACGCGCGGCUACAGGGCAUUCGCCAAGAAAGGGAGGCGUUGGAGCAGGCGUUGCAUCAAACGGACAAGGAGAUCUCCGAGCUCGAACUCAAAGAGCAGAAGUGUGCCAUGGACGUGACUGCUUUAAAGAAACAGGCAGAGGCCUAUGAAGCGCGAUUGAAAUCGACCAAAGUGCCACAGCUCACCUCGGACGAAAAGGCAAAGAUCAAGCAGCUGGAGAAGCUGAUUGAGAGUCGGUCCGAUGAGUUGAGCAAGAUCAUGCAGAAGCAUCAGGCGGUCGAGGAGGAGGUUAGAGAUCUGCAUCACCAGAUCAUGAAUUUGGGUGGUGAUGAGAUGAAGCAAGCAAAGGCCAAACUGGAAGAGUGCACGAAGAAAUGCGAAGACUUGCGCCGGCAGUGCAAGAAAGCUUUACUGGAUGCGGACAGCAUGGUCAAAAACUCGAAGAAGGCCGAAGCCAAUGCCAAGACGGCCAAGGAAGAGCACAAGGUGGCGGAAAAGACCUUGAAGAAGCUGAAGGAGGAACACUCGAAGCUGGAUGACAAGGCGGAGGUGGUGUUGAACGAGUACAACAAGCUGAAGGAUACCCUCACCGAGAAGGAUGUGGUGCUCACCCAGCUGCGGGAGAAGCGGGAUGAGGUCAUCAAGAAGGCCAGUGCACUGAAAAGCCAAGAGGUGGACCUGGUCAACGAGAUGGAGGUGAAGACUCGUACCCUGCGAGAGCUCCAUGGCCGGAUCGCGGGGUGGACCAACAAAUUGCAGGAGGCCCGAAAGGACUACGCGCAAUUGCCCUUGGACUUCUUGAAAGAGCUGCGCGAAGCCGACUCCGAACGUGUCUCCAAGAUGGAGGAGAUGGCCCGGAAGGCCAUUUCUGCGGAGCUCACGGAGAAGGAGCUCAAUAAGGUCUCAGUGGAAGAGGUAGAUGCCCGGAUGACCAGCUUGGAGGGAGACAUCAAGAACUUAAAGCCCAACCUCGGUGCUAUUGAGGAGUUCCGCCGCGCCGAUGGGGAGCAUCGUACGCGUCUGGCGGAGUAUGAACAAGUGCACAAUGACCGCGAGGAGGCUCGUAGGAAGCUGGAACAACUUCGGCAGCAGAGAAUGAAAGAGUUCAUGGAAGGCUUCAGCGUCAUCUCCAUGAAGCUCAAGGAGAUGUACCAGAUGAUCACCCUGGGAGGAGAUGCUGAACUGGAGCUGGUGGAUACGCUGGAUCCCUUCAAUGAGGGCAUCCAUUUCAGCGUUCGGCCGCCGAAGAAGAGUUGGAAGCAGAUCACCAACCUCUCUGGUGGAGAGAAGACCUUGGCCUCUUUGUCCUUGGUCUUUGCUUUGCAUCACUACAGGCCGACGCCUUUGUAUUUCAUGGAUGAGAUUGAUGCGGCCUUAGACUUCCGCAACGUCUCGAUCAUUGCCAAUUACAUCAAGGAGCGGACGAAGAACGCGCAGUUCAUUGUGAUCUCCCUCCGCAAUCAUAUGUUUGAGUUGGCAGACUUGCUGGUAGGCAUCUACAAGACCUUUGACGUGUCGAAGUCUGUGGCCAUUGAUCCCACCUGCUUCGACGUCUCCCGCGAGGAGGCGAAGGAGGCGAAGGCGUCCAAGCGCCCCGUCCCGGUCCACGACGCCCCGAGCGCAGGCAACGCCAAGCGGCGGGCCAAAGCAGGUGCAUGAAAGAUGCCAAUCUGUCUUGACCGCAUGUCUCGACGGACCGUUGCGACGGUCCGGGACGCGAGUGUUCACGACCUCCCGAGCGAGGCGGAAGGGCAGUUUGUGCAGAGUCGCCCUUGAGACCUCAAAAUCUGCAGAGAAAUGGAAGAAGUUAGAAAGAGGAACGC